UCUUAAAAAUGCAAGAAAGUUCUUUGUUCCAGAAUUAAUUUUAGCUUCCAAACAAACUUUUACGUAUCAUUGGAACAUUCGCUCCUCGAUUCACCAAUUGACUCGCAAUAAGCAAAUAGGAGUUAAGAGAAUCUCGAAUCUCUAUCCAUUCGAACAAGGAACGCCUCUAUUUCGAACGUCCUACAUUUCCAAUUUCCAGCGAUGCUAUAGUAAUAAUAGCGAGAAGGCAUCGGAUAUUGUCACGUAGAGUGCAAAUAUGCGGUGGAAAGGAAUAUUCGACCGUCGAAUCUCGGUCAAUUCGAGUCAUAACGGACUAUCAUAUGGCGGCACAGAACAGUAGUUCGAUCGUAACAAGGAAUCGCACUAUCGAAUUUAACAGGCAACGGAUACGACGGUAAUAAUAGUCAAGGCGUCGAUCAUUGCAAUAAUAAUAGCAACACGCUAUCGACUGGCGUUAGCCACCACUGGCAACGUGGUCGCCAGUGUAGAGCAGAGUGAAGCGGGCAGAGGCGGAGGGGAGAGAGUCGACGCCGGUGGUUGGGGGCUGAUAUCUGGCUAAGCGCGGGCGCAGUUGGAUCGCGGUCUUCACCACGGCAGCAUUUCGCUCUCACGGAUCCCUUUACGCGCCACUCUUUCUCUUCUUCCUCUUUUUUUUUCUCUGUCGAUUCUUCCUCGGACAUCGUUCACUCCCACUUGCUCUUUUCGAUCGUCCACUUAUCCGCCUAUCCAUCUUACCGACUUUCUUCUUCCCCUCUCUAACCACCACUUAACCGCUGUACUUUCUCUCUCUCUCUCUCUCUCUUUCCUUUUCUUUCCUCCUUCCUUCCUUCCUUCCUUCCUUCCUUACUUCAUACACCACCAUGCCCAUCUCUGUUCUCCUCUCUGUCGCCUCGACGUGGCGCGACUAUUUCAUUUCAGUCGCUCCACUACCGGUGGCUCUCGCGGUAUUGCCCAUGCGUGUACACACACGCGACGAAACGUGGCUCACGAGGAACGGAGUGUGCGUGCCCAAUGACGAAUGAGUGGCACUUAAGGAGAAGCAUCACCGGGUAGAAUCGUGAUUGCGCGAGGCGAAUGUUCGCGUUACCGCAUCUCGGCACAAGAUGCACAAGCCUGUCACGUGGAAAUUCGAUUCGCAAGAAAUGCCUCGUUUCGUGUGAAAGUUAUCCGAUGUGCAAAGAUUCGAAGAAAAAGUGUUUCGAUGAGAGAAAGUGUUUCGAGGAGUCGAUUCUUUAUUUAGAACGAAUUUCGAAAAAGUUAGGUUAUGUGAGAAUAAAGAAUUAUAUUGUGUAACUGUCGACCAUUUCUGUAAGUGAUUAAUCGUGUUUCGUUGCUUCGUAAUUUUCUCGAUAUGAUGAUACAUUGAAAGUAGUGCGACGAUUCGUUGAAGGAUUCGUGAAAAAUAACUGCAUGAUCUGACAAGUGUAUUAAAUAUUAUAAUACGAGACAAAAACUUAUUAGAUUAAGAUUUUAACGUGAGAUUGUUUUUUAAAAAUUCAAUCGCGUUACCGAUAUUCACGUGGCAGAUUCAUUGUUCCAACAGUGCUGAUCUUAAUACUAGCUGCGAACGUCUUUUCGUCGAUCCGUUUCAGUGCCUGGUUUUCCGUGACGAGUUCUAACGUUAAAUAGCGCGCUUCGCGAUUGGUUGAGUGUUUCGUUGAAGAAGGAAAGAUAUGUCGGCCGAAUAUAACGUUGAUUGAAGAUAGGAGAUGGAGCGUGCUUAUUCGGAGACGGUGGAUGCUCGGUGAAGUGUGAGAAUGAAUUUCUCGGCGUCAAUUUUCAACGAGACGGGUUGGAAAAAAACGAGGGAAAUGCAGCGGAGAAGAAAGGAACGCGUGGCUUCGACACGAAUGCAAUAGACACCUUUUAUCCGUAACAGCGAGUCGACAACUGACACGACGCUAGGAGAAGAGAUUCAUCGCUCCACUCGAGCUGGCACGACAUCGAGGCUGGUAUCGCGAAAUGUACCGGAAACGAUGGACCGUGAAGGCGCUACGAAUGGAUUUAUGGUAUGGCGGCAACGGCGGGGAUGGCUGGUACGCCAAGGCUCUGGCCAAGAUCAUCUGCGUUUUCUUCUUCUCGAUACUGUUGCACGACGAGGCUGUGCGUAGCACACGUUUGAUCGAGGCUGAUAACGAUCGUAUACAAGAAUAUGCCACGCCGGAUCCGAAUCCUUACUUCGACACUACGCGCGCGUCGAACGUGACGGGCCUCGUUGGAAAGACUAUUCAACUCGUUUGCAAAGUGAAGAAUCUUGGGAACAGAACUGUCUCGUGGGUUAGGCAUCGAGACAUUCACCUGCUGACAGUCGGUCGUUACACUUACACGAGCGAUCAACGCUUCGAGGCAAUGCACACACCGCAUACGGAGGAGUGGACACUGAGGAUACGAUAUGCUCAGAAGAAGGAUUCCGGUAUUUACGAGUGCCAAAUAUCCACCACUCCUCCCAUCGGAUAUUCCGUGUACCUCACCGUGGUCGAGCCGGUCACAGAGAUCGCCGGAGGGCCGGAUCUGUUCAUCAAUAAGGACAGCACGAUAAACCUGACGUGCCUGGUCAGAUACGCUCCCGAGCCACCGUCCACGAUCGUUUGGAUGCACGAUCGCGAAGCGAUUAACUUCGACUCGCCGAGGGGCGGGAUCAGCUUGGUCACGGAGAAAGGACCCGUGACUUCCAGCCGUUUACUAAUCCAGAAGGCGAUCGAGAGAGACGCAGGCCAGUACACAUGCUCGCCAAGCAACACCCUCUCGAGCAGCGUGCACGUCCAUAUCGUCGAUGAGCAUCCAGCAGCGAUGCAUCACGGAAGCGGCGACAGAAUGGCUGCUACCCUACUUACCCUCAUCCUACUUCUUUUCACGAUCAUUUAGCCAGCGUUCGGUUUUCAUAUAGGAUAGCGACUUUAGAGCCCCGCAUUUCUGAAAUCGAAUCAAUUUCUCUCGAUUAUUCUAUCUAUCGUAAAAUUAUAUUAUUUAAUUUAAAAAAGGAGAGAAGAAGAAUUUUUGAAUUCCCUUUUUCACCUCGACGAAAUUUGAUCUUGAUGAGAGUCAGAAAUAAAUUAGAUUUAAAAUAAAAAUAUGGAACGAAAUUUUUAACAAAAUAAAAAGUAAUAUAAAUCAAAGAGUUAAAAUUCAAACCAAUGAACUUUUAAAUUUUAUCUUCUUCCUGAAAAUUUUUUUUAAAGAAAUAAUUUCUUGCUCUUAUUUUCACAAUUAGAACAAUCUUCCAAUUUGAUUAAUUUCAAUUUUGAAAAAUGUUCGAACUCGAAAACUGCGAAAGCCUUCGAAUUUCCUUGUUCUUCAUUUUCCUUAAAUUUUUAGCCAUAAAAAUCCUCUCCCAUAGAUCCCAUCUCGAAACAGAAUCCCCAUGAAUCAACGGACCGGAUGCACGUAUGUAAUUUCACGAUCGUAUAGUGGAGUGUAACGAUGGAACGACUGGUAUCGACACUGGAUUUAAUUAAAUAAAAACACGUACGUCCUUUCGUGGCGUAACAAACUCGCUUCUUUCCACGUCAUCGAAAAGUUUCGCCAAUUCUAUACGUUUUAUUCCUGGAAGAGGAUAAAGCGCGUCGAAGCGACCCCGGCCAAACUUUGUUACAUUUCUGUUCCUGUCACCGGGAAAUAGAAUCAACGCCACCCAGAACGAUGUAGAACGAGCGUAGAAUCUUCCGCGUCCCUUGCGGCUGUCUAAUGGAUUUACGAGAAGAGAGGGGAAACGAAAUCCACGAUGUGAACGCGGAAUAUUAAUUUCACGUCGUGAUUCCGAAGAAUUGGAAUUUAAUUUGGAAUUAAGUUCAGACAGAUUUGCAAAAAUUUUCCUGUUCAUUAAUAAUUAAAAAAAAAAAAAAAAAAGAAUUAAUAGAAAUGACGAAUUAAGACGAAAGGACGUAAAUAAUAAUAUAAUGUAAAUAUAUGCGUAUAUAUAUAGGCACGUGUAUAUUUUCCCCUUAUUUCGAAGAAUUAUUUAUAAUUUUUUUCUCAUCCGUUCGCUUUAUCAUUAAAAACGGAACGUAACACGUUUGAAUUUCGCGCGACGAACGAGCGUUCAUCGAGCACAUUCAUUGAUUUCAAUUUUCAUCGUCGAUACGUAAGAUCGUUAUGAUUUUCUGCUUUACCGGCAGAGAGAUUGGGACGAGAGAAAGAAUCUAGGUUGCGUCGUCUUCGCUCGCAAGCGACUGCGAAAUUAUUUUCUUCGAGCAAAUUUAUCGAUGAACGGAGUUUGUUAUUGGUGUUUCGAGCACGCAGAUUUGUUUAGUGUACAGUGCGAUAAAUAUUACAAAGGAAACGGUGGAUUGCGCUCGCGUCGAGAGUUUUAUGUUGUUUCGAAAAAUAAAAAGAGGUUAUGUCGUCAGCGUUAAGGAUCGUGAGUGCAACGAUGCGUUGCACGAGUUUAAGGAGGAAAUGUGUUACGGUGGAUUUAAGGAAAGGAACGGCGGAACGGUUUAUCCCGAAAGCUCGGCGGGGCUAUUCGUACUGAUUACCACUUAAUUCCCCUGUUUUUACGGAACCCUCUAAACCAUUGUGAUUACAGCCUAUUUCCCGACCGGGCGGCGAAGUUACUGCCACUUUCCACGGAUACUUUUGCGCUGUCGACCGGGUAAAAGCAUGGUUAUAGAGCGAAUAAAGUGAAAUAUUCUGUCUAACCGAAGAAACCAAGUUUAAUUGUAUACGCUUGCGUUGGCGGGGAACUAGGUAACGCUUUUAAAGAAAAACCGACGAAUAAUUUUCACCAACUGUUUGUUAAAUCGCGUCAAGUUUCUUUCCUCGUAAAUAUCUUUUGUUUAUCAAGAGAAUUUUAUGCUGGAAAAUAAGUAAUUGAAAAUCGUGGAUGAGGAAAGAUGCGAUUGAAUCGGUCAUGCGAAAAAUUUAAUAAAGUUAAAUAAUAAUUCGAAACGUAAUAAUAAUAAUAAAAAUAGAGAUUAUACGAGAAACGGAUAAAUCUUAUUCGAACGAAUCUUAUUCGUUUUAAAUAAAUUACUCGAAGUAACUUUAUUCGAAAUUUUUCACUUUUUCAACGGAUUCAUAGUGUUUCGCAAAUUUUGAAAAUAAUUAUUCAAAUAUCAAAAUAAUAAUCUCUCGUCAACGAUAUCACCUAGUUCUUCGCUACGAGAAAUUCAAAUUUUAUUCUUCGUUUGUAUAUUUUUCUUUGAGAGGAUGUAAAUAUAUUGUAUACCACCGUUGUUAUUACGUUCGCUCCGUGAACAAGGAACGCAUUUGUUUUAUCCAAGGGACCAUGAUUGUUGAAGAAAGGCAAAGGAAGAAAAGGGACACGGUCUAAUUGUUCUCAUCAACGGAUACGGUAAAUAAAUAUAUAUUUAAUUUUUCGAAAUAAGCGAAUCGGAAGAAAGGAUAUACGUUUGUAUCCUUUGUCGGUGAACACGAGACGAAUAUCUCGCCCGAAUCACAUGCGGCAAAACGAAAAACUGCAUUUCACGUUUAACUCGCAUGUUGUAACAACACUAUGUUGUAGUAGCUGUAAGCGUUUUUACGAAACAAUGAUGAGAGAUGAAUAUGUAUAAACGUAUUAAUAAUCAUUAAAAAAAAAAAAUACACGAUAUUUGUUAGUUUUGAAAAUUACAGGAACUAGCCAAUUAUUAUUAUUAUUAUUAUUAUUAUAACUCCGUUUAAAAAAAAAAAUUUUUUACAAAUGUACAUAAAGUUAAGGAUCUUGAACUUUAUUAUAUCGUUGUAGCAAUUUAUUAAAUUAAGGAUGAAAUUUGA